AUUUGCAACAAAAAAGUAUUUUUCAAUUUCAGUUUCUAAUUUCUUUUUGAAGCUGCAUGUAAUUUUGUGUAAAAAAUUUUAGUAACAUAACACUUGCUGAACUUUGUACCAUUUCAAGUGCCAUCUUACUUAAGUAAUAAGCGAACAAAUUAGAAUAAGACCAAAAAUACCGAAACGAUAUUCAAAGAAGAUUUUAAUUAAUUAAGUCUGAAAAUGUAUUCAAGAACUAUGUUAAAAGUACGUACAUUGUCUAAUAACCUAAAAAUGUAUGGUAGUACUUCUUCAAAUUUUGUUAAUGUUUCUGUAAAUGAUAAAAGCGGAGUUGCUAUUGUUACUAUGCAACGGGAACCGGUUAAUAGUUUAAAUCUAGAAUUAAUUACUCAGUUGAAAACUGCCUUAUCAGAUUUAGAAAGGAACAAGUGUCGUGGAAUGAUUUUGACUUCAGCGUCAAAAUCUGUAUUUUCUGCUGGCUUAGAUAUCAUGGAAAUGUACAAACCAAAUCAAGAGCGUGUCAGAAACUUCUGGUUAAGUUUACAAGACCUUUGGAUGACUUUGUAUGGCUGCUCAUAUCCUUCAGUUGCUGCUAUAAAUGGACAUUCGCCUGCAGGUGGCUGUCUUUUAUCUAUGAGUUGUGAAUACAGAAUUAUGUUACCUAAUUUCACAAUAGGCCUUAACGAGACCAAAUUAGGUAUAAUUGCACCUUCAUGGUUUGUAGCAACGAUGAAAAACACCAUUGGCUUUCGGAAAGCUGAAAUGGCAUUGACAUUAGGAUUUUUAUUUACUACAGAGGAGGCUUUAAAAGUGGGUCUUAUAGAUGAAGUGGCAUCAAGUAAAGAGGACGCUAUCGCAAAAGCUGACAAGUUUAUCGGACAAUUUGCAAAAAUACCACCCCAGCCAAGAACAAUUUCAAAAUUAAUGCUAAGGAGUAAAGAUAUAGAGACGCUAAGAAAGACUAAAGAGCAAGACUUGCAAGCGUUCUUACAAGUGGUUAACGAUCCAAAAACACAGAAGGGCUUAGAAUUAUAUUUGGAGUCAUUGAAACAGAGAAAGGCUUGAUUUAAUGAUAUUUUUUUAAUAGUAUUUUUUAAAGGGUACCUCAUUGAAA